CCGCCGGGCGCUGCGGCUCUGCCUGCCGCGCCCAUGGCCCAGCGGGCACACAGGGGGCAGGGGCAGGACGGGGAGGAGGGAGCGGAGGAGGAGGAGGCGGCGAGGGGUAGCCAGGCGCGGGCCAGGAGCCAUGCGGAGCCUGCGGCGAGUGGCGGCAGGACCCAGGAGCGGCAUGAGAGGAAGCGGAAGAGGCAGGAGGCGCAGCAGCUCCAGAAGAUCCAGCACCUGGAGUCUUUCUAUGAGAAACCUCCCCCUGGGCUAAUUAAGGAGAAUGAAACAAAACCAGAAGACUGCAUACCUGAUGUACCAGGCAAUGAGAGUGCACGAGAAUUCCUGGCACAUGCCCCUACAAAAGGCCUUUGGAUGCCUUUGGGGAAAGAAGUCAAAGUAAUGCAGUGUUGGAGAUGUAAACGUUAUGGACACAGAACAGGAGAUAAGGAAUGCCCAUUCUUUAUUAAAGGCAAUCAGAAAUUGGAACAAUUUAGAGUUGCACAUGAAGAUCCAAUGUACGAUAUAAUAAGGGAAAACAAACGUCAUGAAAAAGAAAAGAGGAUACAGCAACUGAAGCAGCUCCUGGAGGACUCUACCUCAGAAUCUGAUAGCAGUGAUGACAGUGAUGAGGAUGAUGAAGGUGGCAGUAGCUCCACUUCCUCAGAACAUAAACACAAGAAGAAAAAGAGAAAAAAGGAAAAGAAAAAGAAAGAAAAGAAGAAGAAGAAAAAGAGGAAGCAUAAGUCAUCCAAAUCUAAUGAAAAGUCAGAAUCUGACUGACAGCAGUCACCUGCUGCAUGCUCAUUGACCUCUACUACAGCAAACUGCGAGGGAAGAUCCAAAGAAUGAGGAGGAAAACACCAGAAAGGGCUUUAUUAAACUUGAAACAUACAUGUGUAUGAACACAGCAUCCCACACGGGCAUCCUCUUCUGCCCCUCUGCAGUCAGAAAGAAGAAAGCUGCAUUAAACCAUAUCUUUGUGCUGUAAAACCCACACUGAGGGUCAUCAGUCUCAGUCAAAUGGGGCCUCUGCAGUGCUGCCUGUGACCAGCGGCAAAAAGAGGCGACCACCGAAGGAUCACCGACAAACCUGCARCAUUGGCAGACUGUCUGUUGGAGUGUCUUUACUCCAUGAAGUUAUUUUAUUAUAUACAAAGCCUUGUUGUAACAGGACUGCAGUUUGCGCCAUGCAGAGCACUGAGAGCUCACUUAGUGCUUAAAAUGAACAGAUUGUACUGUAUUUUCUUUUUUCUGCAUCCAUGCUGAAGUUCUGUGUACUUAUCCUAAUAUUGGCAGCUAGGGAAAUAAAGAGUACUGCUGCAGGGGAAAAAAGGUAAUCGAGGGGAUUUACUUUAAGACAAAAUUGCAGCAUCGACAAGACUUGAUGUUUUUUGUUUGUGUGUGUGUAACAAAACCUCARUAUCACCACCAUUAUUACACAGUACUGAAACAUACAAAGUGAAAUAGCUACAGUGUCUAAACCAUAGGAGCGGGAGCCAAGUAUAAGGAUGUUAGAUAUUCAGCUUAACUGGGAAGAGGUAAUGGGUUUAGUUAUAAAAAGGGAGGUUUCAUGGAAGAAAUUUAAAAGACUAAUUAAUGYAUAUUCUUCAGUAGCCAUUGUUUUGAUACAAGUUGAGGGAGAUGUUUCCUUUUGAAAAGGCUUGGAAGUAAUAAAUUCCAACUUUAUUUAUAUUUAUGAGAAUUAYUUGAUGAGGUAACUUUUUUUUAAUUGUCCCAAAAGAAUAUAAAUGUGUAAGGUUCUCAAAAUAGUUUUCAACUGUAUGGAUAAAACCACAGAGCAAUAGCAAAGAAUUUGUAAGCAGGAAGAAGAGAAAGCUUUGUGUACUGUGUAGAUCUUAGGUACUGACCACACAGAUCUUAUGUACUGACUACACUUUUAAAUAAUCCUACACACUCAACUAGGACAGUGGAGAUAACUAUAAACAGCAUUACAGUAAGCAACUCUCUUUGAAUCCUUAAGGUACAUUGGUACAGAGCUGUGACUUGAGGAACUAGAUGAUGGAGAUUGGUGCUGUGCAAAAGGAAAGAGAAAACUAUUUUCUUUGAAAGGACUUCUGUAGAACUUAGGCUCUGUAGUUAUACUAAUACUGAAAAAAUAAUCCUACACGAUAAAGCUCURAUGAAUUAUAGUGAAUAUUGAGAGUGAAAUCAAGGAACCAUAGACUUAAAUAUAUCUGAAAUGUUUUUUCUGCAGAGAGCUUUGGAGAAGAAGGGAAAGCAUAAAUUAAAAUGUUUUUCUCCCUUCCACAUGUCUUAAGAGUGAUUUAGUAAAAAUAACCUCCCAAUUCCUUGCCAGUCAUUCACAAUAUGUUCUGAGKAAAAACAAGAUUAAGUAGGCCUUGCCUAAAAAAAAUCUUUUUUAUCAUAUUCCCAGAGCUUGAAGGCAGAGUUGUAUUUUAGCUUGUAUUUAGCAAAUCUCCCUGUGAUGGGAUUUACUGGUGACUCGUGGUAGUCACCGGAACUUCCCUAAGYAUCAUCACAUUCUAAGGCCCUUGCUCAUUCACCAGGAAAAGAUUUAACAGCUGGAAUAGCCUGGAGAGAUUUAUAAUGGACUGGUUCUCUUGACCAGUCUGGACAGGGCUUUGGGCAACCUGGUCUAGUAGGAGGUGGCCCUGUAUGUGACAGGAGGUUGAAACUAGAUGAUCUUUACAGUCCCUUUGAACCUAAACUGUUCUAGGAUUCUUGUAUUGCUACUCUUAGUGCUGAGAUUCAUGCAUUGAUAAUUGAACAGAUGCUGGAAGCCUGAUACUCAUCUGAUGCAUUCCAAGAGAAUUCUUACUCAGGCUUGUCUAAAGCAGAGCUAGCUAAAGAUCUCUACAGUUAGUUCAGCUUUUGUCAUUUAAGAUUGUCCUGAAGCUUAGUUUAAUAAAAACAAGUUCAGUUAUUCCUUUGUAAUCCCCUCCCUUGUUAAUGGAACUUUCUUCAUAUCUACCAGAGUCUAUUAUUAGAACAAUUAAGAAAAAUGCCUCAGGACACCAUUGACUUGUAUGAUUUCUAAUUUAAAAGUUUGAGAURCUAAGUCACUCUUCUAUGCCUGACUAAAGGUCUGUUUGUAUUAGUAUCAUUCCAGUCAUGGUUAAUAGAAGAUUCCUACACAGCAGAGCAGUGCAAACUCACUGGCCUUAUUUCUGUUACUUCACUGAAAUGGUCUUUCAGCUUCUACUGCUGAGAGUAUCUCUAGUAGAAGUACUUUAAAUCAUAGGUUAGAUUUCAGUACUUAGUAGCUUUAGAUACAUAUUUUCUUUUCURUCCACUCACUUCUUGUAAACCUUGCUGUUUUCUUCAGUAAUUAACUCUUCUUCACUAUUACAAAUCCAUGGCAAUUGGCUUACACACUCUGUAUGCUAGUUUAAUUUCACACACCUUUAAUCUUGCACUAGAAGGUAUAUAAACAACUGAAUCCUGUUUGUUCUGCCUAUAUAAUUUCCAGUUUUAUAAGUCUGUGUCAUAUCCCAUACACGUAGGUCUUUACUGCAGCUCAUGAAAGUAGCAUGUAAAAAUUUAACAGUUUCAAUAGACUAAGAUUUAUAGUGGUGAUUUUAACAGCCAGGGCUAGAGUGCUAAGAAGCAUGAUUCAUGUAAUCAUUUGGCAUUUUAAACAGUGCCAAAGCUGUCAUUUAAGAUAAGUCUUUUAAAAAUACGUAGAAUAAAUACCAGCAUCCCUUUAUAUUAAUGAAAAAMACUUCUAUGUAGAAGUAAACCCUAAAAGCAGGAUAGAAAGUUGUAGUCUUGAAAGACUGACUAGCCUUAUUUUUUAAAUCUUAACCAUUUAAUGUUUCUGUUCAAGAAACAUGUUUUUCCRGCCUUCUUCAUAGACAUGUAUAUUUCCAUCUGACAGUUCUGUUGAAGCCCAAGUAGUAAUAGCUAUAUAAUUAUAUAGUCCCUUGAAAUUAAAUGUGUGAAAUGCAGCUAAAACAAACCUCAAAAGCAAUACAGCUUCCCAGGUCUUUUAUCUUAAUACUCUUGAACAUUUUUGUCAGAAAGAUAUUUCAGGAAAAAUACUGAUAUUUGUCUUAUUUAUUUGGCCAUGAAAUUAGCUGCAGUUUAUAGCCUUUUCAGUGAGACAGCCAGUGGCAGUGAGUCGGGGAAGCUGAGGACUAAAAAAAGAAUGAAUUUGUUCUUCUUUGGCAUGCCGUCAGUUAGCAUGCCACAAGCAUUACAGGCUUUUGGGGUUUGGUUUCUUUUUUUGCCAUUGGCUCUGAUCUUCCUUUGUUUGAUUUUAAUAGAAAGACCUGUAGUUAAUAUUUUCCAAUAUAAGGCAGAACAUCCGGCAUUGUAAAAGGGAAAAAUUUUCAUGCCAUCCAGGUGCUACUGCACUGAAAAUUAAAAUACAGAGUUAAUACCUGGCAAGACAACAUAACCCACAGCUCCACAUCAGCGAUUAUGCCACACCCACUUUGCAACAGAGGUUUCAGUUAGCUACAAAUAAUAGUUUAGAAAUCUUGAGCCAGAGACAGUAAGUCUGUCCAAACAAUGCUCUCAGUAUGGCAAUCUCAGAGGCCUCUAAAGUUKGUUACUGGUGUGCCAAGCAGCAAAUAGAUUCUUCAGCUGUCUUUCAGGAGA